CGAUCUGUUCCAAUCGAUCGAUCCAAUCGCAUGCUUGAUUGGCAACGGUGAUACCAGUACCACCAGCACGAGGGCAUCCACCUUUGUCAGUUGCUCGGAUCUGUUCCCAACAAUAUCAUCAUACUGUUCCCAAGCACAAAGGCCCCAUGACUUUGCAAGACGAUACACCAAAAUGGGUAGACUCGGAGGCCGCCGAAGCCAAUGAUCCCACUUGCAGCUCCAGCGUAGAUACGGAGGCGGUGAAACCAGUACCUCCCGCUGCCGACGACGAAGACUUCGAGGUUACUUCGAGUUCCUUCCAAGCUAUCAGAACCCUCACUCUCUGUGCCAGGUUCUGGAGAUGGGUUUCCGUUGCUGUGAAUUUGAUGUUUGGAAUCUUGUCCCUCGUAGCGUCGUCAAUGAUGCUCUUUGCGGGCUUGACGCACGAGAUCUCGGGGGCCCACAAGAUGCAAGGAGAAGCAGGUGUUGUCAUUGCAUUCAUCUUGUUAUUGAUUGCUUCAGGGUCGGGAAUCUAUGGUGCCUUGAAGUUCCGUUCAUGCUUUGUCGUCGUGCCGCUUCUUGCUUACGUUUCAUUUUCCGGCAUUGGCCUUGUCACGCAUAAUUGGGCGGAUUUUGUUUUGUACCUGCUCUUUGCCAUUCCACAAGUCAUGCUCAUUCGAGAGAUACGAAGGGGGGUUUAUGCGGAUGGGGGCCAGUUGGAACAGCUAGUCUAGUCUAGCCUAGACGAAACAAGGCAAAACUAAUCUCAAACUAGCAAUAAGUGUGUGGUCGUUGCAAGGAGAGCGUCUUCCCUGGCACUACCUUCACAACAAUGUACAUAAAUCUCUCUAAUGAAGUGGUGCCGUCCCCGUUCAAAUGCUACAGUUCUAUA